CAUUAAGAGAGAAAUAAACUAGAAUUUUAAAAUAAAAUUGUGAAAUGAUACGCGCGAAAAAUAACAUUUUCAUUAAUAAAACGUGUUGAGGAAUUUUCUAUCUAAAUUUUGACUACAUUUCAUGUGCGUUCAAGUGAUAAAAAUUGUUGUGCACAAAAAAAGUUCACAGGAUAGCGGAAACUGAGAUCAACCAUCAUUGGCACCGUGUUAUUCGCACCACACUAUCUUCAACUAAUCCUAGUGUUAUUCGCACCACCGCAACCGAAACAAAUAAAUCCUGUUUUUGAAACAUGAAUUGACACACCAGAGCUUUUGCAUUCACACUGAACGCAUUCGGUGAUGUAAUGAAAAUUGAACCGUUUGCUUUAGAAUACCGAAAACUUAGACGAGAAUAGCGAAGCCAGAGAGAAAUACAGACGAUACAGUGAAAAUACGAUUGAAAAUUGGAAGGCACUGUUUUCGUAUGCGGUACAUGUUCGACAACGAAAACUUUUCAUUCAUGCCGUUUUUGAUUUACGUUUUAAUUUGUUUCGAUUUAUUUGGCAAAUGCAACAUUUCAAUAGAACGUAAAACAUCAUUUGAAAGUUCGAUAACAACGGUGAAUAUAACGAAAGAAAAAACAAACUAUUCAAUAUGUUCGGAAUUGAUGUGUGUUUUUCGCGUCUUCGUAUUCAUCGUUUUCUCUAUUUUACUCGGUCUUCCUCUCUCUCGCACACACACACAUACAUACACAAACAGACCGUUUAGUUUUACUAUGCAUUAAGUCAAUUUAUUGAAACUGCGGUAUUUUUCCAAUUUUCCAAAAAGCAAUUUCCUUACCUUGUUCUUCUGUGCAUUUUGUGUGUAUACAACAAGAAAUGAAAGAGUUUUAAGUUUAUUUUAUGUCUGUCAAAGUAAAUGGAAAUUGUUUUGCUCAAACAAGUAAAAUAAAAGUGAGUAUGUGAAUUGUUUUUGUGUCGUCGACUAUAUGGUUUUACGGAGUAAUCAAUCAAUAGUAUCGUGAACUUACAGUGGCAAAAUAAACGGGAAAUAACACACACACAGAGAAAAUUCAAAGAAAAACGAGAACACAUUCAAGACAAAAUGUACUCAAGGGACAAAUGCUUAAAUGCUACAAAUCCAUAGUAAUAGUAACAACUAAAAAAGUUGUGUUUUUUUGUUUGUUUGUAACUAGCAAGAGACAUUUGUGGUGAGAAAAAAGCAACGAGUGAGUUCGUGUGUUUGUGACAAAGUAAGCAAAACCGCAUCAAUCGCGUUGCAAUGGCCAACUAUUCAACGAAUUCAAACUGGAAUUCCCCAGAUUAUUUCAAAUUGUUUGAUGACAUCGGUGGUGGUGGCGACAGCGGCAGCAACGGUGGUGGUGUUAGAGUUGAUACGAAUCGAAUUCUUGAUACGAAUCGAAUUCCAGGUGGUGCAGCAUUGACUUCCAACAACGUGGCGAAUCGAAACAAUUUGAACUUUGGGAGUUUCGAUUUUUUUCGAAAUAGUUUAGCAAAUGGCAUGGGUAGUAAUAAUGGUACAAUGUUUUCGCCACUGCCACCACCAGCAUCAUCAUCAGUCACAAUGAUUAAUCAAACAUUUCAAUAUCAAUACCAAUACGAUUAUGGUAGUGAACCGCAUAGUAACAAAUCAAAUUACGAUAGCGGAAGUAAUUUUAUGCUUCUAGUGGAGGAUUUUAGUUCGUAUUUUUACAACUAUAAUGGCAGCGUUGGCAGCGGUAUCGGUACAACGGGCUCUACACUUAAUCCAAACACCAGCAUCGCAUUCGAUCCGCAAAAUUGCUCCUAUCCUAAUUCAACGUGUAACGAGCCUUUAGCCGAUUCAGCACCACAGCCACAACAGUACUGGGCAUUAAUUUUGCUAAUAUUUCCGAUUUUGACGCUGUUCGGCAAUGUGCUGGUUAUACUAUCGGUAUAUCGUGAACGAACGCUGCAAACGGUCACAAAUUAUUUUAUAGUUAGUUUGGCUAUAGCUGAUCUUCUGGUGGCUGUUGUUGUUAUGCCAUUUGCCGUUUAUGUUCUGGUGAAUGGCAUGACAUGGGCUCUUCCGAAUUUUGUUUGUGAUUUUUAUAUAGCAAUGGACGUAAUCUGUUCGACAUCAUCAAUAUUUAAUUUAGUUGCCAUUUCAAUAGACCGAUAUAUAGCCGUAACACAACCGAUCAAAUAUGCAAAACAUAAAAAUAGUACACGCAUAUUCGUUACCAUAUUGCUGGUGUGGGCCAUAUCGAUAGCAAUCGGAUCACCAAUUGUGCUCGGUUUAAACAAUACACCGAAUCGAGUGCAGGAAAUAUGCGGUUUUUUUAAUACAAAUUUCAUUAUAUUUUCGUCAUUAGUCAGCUUUUAUAUACCAUGUAUUAUCAUGAUAUUUUUGUAUUGGAGUAUUUUUAAGGCACUUAGCUUACGAGCGAAAAAGCAAAGAGCAGCUAAAAAACCAAAUUUAACAGAUUUCGCAACUGGAGGUAGUGUCAUCGAAAAUAUCGCUCAAACGAGACGAUUGGCUGAAACAACGUUAGAUAGUAGUAAGAGUGGCUCAAAAAUAAUGCCGGAUGAUGCACCAACCAAUACGGCGUCCGGUUCAAACGAAGACGAAGACGAGAAUGCUGCAUCACCCGAUCCCGAUGUAGACGAUUGUCAUGUAAUUGUUAACGACAAAUCGACAGAAUUCAUGCUAGCGACAGUUGUCGAAGAAACGGGGAAUGUUGUGGCACAAAUCACGACCUCGCCGUCACAAUGCGUCGUUAUGUCGGCAGAUCCAAAUGGAAACCAUGAUUCGGGCUAUGCACCGUCAAAUAUUGAAGAUGCUGUUGCGGGCACAAGUACACCACCAGAGAGUCCACAACAUCGCAAACGCACCGACAGCGGUGGGACUCUAAAACGCAGCAGCUUAAACAAACGUAAUGGAAUUGACGGCUCACCGAAACGUGAAGCAGUCAGCAUGGGAAUGAAACCAUUAUCGAUUGUACGGUAUGGAGUACAGGGUGCUUUGUCACUGACACGAAACGAUUCCACUGUAUCAACCAAUUCACGGGGAUCGCGUAAGGACAAGAAAAAUUCACAAGCAUCUAGAGUGAGCGGUAGUUUUGUUGCGAUUACAAAAAUGUCUCAGAAUCUUUCACCGACAUCUUCACUUCCUGUCGUGGCAGAGGAUGAUGAAAGAUUUACCAUAUACAAAGUACAUAAAGCAUCGAAGAAAAAACGCGAGAAAUCAUCGGCGAAGAAAGAGCGCAAAGCAACAAAAACAUUAGCCAUAGUCUUAGGUGUCUUUCUAUUUUGUUGGUUGCCAUUUUUCUCAUGUAAUAUCUUGGAUGCAAUGUGCACGAUAUUCGGAUUGCAAUGUUCACCGAGUGUUAUAGUAUUUUUAUUCACGACUUGGUUGGGUUAUUUGAACAGUUUCGUAAACCCGAUCAUUUACACCAUUUACAAUCAAGAGUUUCGAAAGGCAUUCAAAAAAAUCAUGUGUGGAAACAGUUGUGUAAACAGUUGUAUGAACAAAUAAAACGAUAACACUAUCAUAACACUGUCGUAUGCGAUCGCUUAAUCAAAGAAAAGAGAAUAACACUAGACUAUUUUUUAAAACACAAAAAAUAGCCAAACGGUUGAACAUCGGCUCAAUUUUCGAAUCGAUUAGAUGACAAAAACAUCAACUCAUUCCUAAACUUACUACAAUACAUACAGACAAAAAUACGAAUUAAACAGCGUUUUUAGAUAAAUUAUAAGAUAAAAAAAUAACGUUUUUAACAAAAUAAUAGAUACAUAGACAAAUGGUUGUAAAUAUACAGAUUCGAUACAAAAUUAAUAAUAAUAUAAAAUACAUCAUUCCAUUAUUAAUACAUUGAAUGGUUAUGAAAUAUAUUUCAAAUGUAAAUUUAUUUAGGGAAAAUUUAACAAAAGAUAACUUCGCAUGUAAUUUUUUUAAAAAUAAAAACAAAUUCAAUAAAAGCAAAGACAUUUCAUUUGUACAUAUAUGAUGGUUGAAGAUGAAAAAUAAUAAACCGAUAAACGGUAACCAAGCAAACUAAACAAACAUACAACAUGCAUAACUAAUAAUCAAAGUUCUAUCGAAUAAGAGAAAAUAUUAGGUAAAUUUAUAAUUAUAAAUAUUCAAAGUUGCUAAAAAAACAGACAAACACACACACACACAUAAAGAAAAUUGACUCAUAUAGCAAUGUAAAUAAUUUAAUUGUAUUGUUGUUUGGCACAUUGAUUAAGUUAUCGUUAUAAUGCAAAUCAAUUGUAAAUAUAGAAAGAGUGUUUGGAUGCAAUAAGCAAUCCAAAAAUCUACGUGUAAAUUGAGGUGAGACAAAAAAAAAUAUUGAAAAGACAAAUCUAAUCAAAACGAUUAUGUUCUAUAUCAUUCCAUAGCCAUUAAAUUAUAAUGUGUAUAUUGAAUCGAGGUGCUCAAUCGUGAAGCCGUUUCGAUACAUGUAUAUGCACGAGAAACCAAAUAACUUGUGAACCAAUGAUAUGUGUAGCACGUAGAAAUUGAUUUAUUUGUGACGAUUGUCCCGAAUGUAAAACAACAGAAGCAACAACAAUUGCGUGUUGACGAUAGUUGAACAAAUACAUAUCGCUUUUGAAUUCUCAACAUACAAGCAAUCUAGUCCCUUUUGAGAUGAAAAGCCAUACAUAACCUACUUUAAUGCUGAUAUGUGCAAAUGCUUUUUUCCCCAACUUUUAUACUCUCCUUUUUCAUCAUCAUCUUUAUCAUCGAUAUUGUUUUUCUUUCAUGUUCUUUAAACAACAUUUCAUUCGUAUGGCAUUCUCGUUCGUAUGUAGCUAACGACGCAAAUCUAAUGGUUUCAUUUGGAAUAUGAAAAUCUAUUCAUCUCAUAAAUGCAUAACCAAAAAUGCAUCUGGAAAAAUCGUAAUAAAUUCCCAAUGACUCCGUUCGAUUUAUCCAUACACAUACAAAUUUCAAUUCACAUGCAUUUCGUUUCUAUCCGCAGAGAGAUCGAAUAUAAAUAGAAUCUCGGACACAAUGCACAUAUGUUAAAAUGCUUCCAUUUUUAAGUCGAUUGUAUAAAUCAUCAACAGAACGAUUGCACUCUGUCGUGACACACAAACCGUGUUGAUUUGCUGUUAUUUUUCAUACUGACCAUUUUCCGUUGUGAUUUAUGACCCCCCCUUUUUUGUGCCAGUCAUUUAUUAUGUGUGGAAAAAUCGCUAUUUCAAGAAAAACGAGAAACACAUACACGAAAAACAUGCAAUUGAAAUGCAUUUGAUCUAAUCACAAAUAAUUUUUACAACAAAUGCAUUUCAUUUUUCGAAAAAAAAAAUGAGCCCCAAAUAAUGAAUAAGCAAGUAUGCGACUAUUUUGUUGUUUUCUUGAAAUCAUCGAUUUUUCACAUUGCAACAAAUAUUUGCUUUGAAUAAAAAACAACAACAAAAAAUAUCUUAAUAUAAAUCUUUAAGCAACUAAUGAAAUAUUAAACUCGGGACUAUCGAAAUAGAACAAAAAAACAGUAUUAUAAUAAUUAAUGUGAAAUAGAAAAUCAAGAUGAAUAUAUUCCGCUGUUUAAAGCUCAAACUGAUUCGUAGUAUAGAUAUCGCAAAUAAAUAGACGUCAACACGGUUGAAAUCAUGCUCAAACUAAAACCUGAACAAAAAACAAACAUACAAACAAUUGAUCGAGAUUUAUAUUAUAUAUCUAUAUAUUAUGUAUAAAAAAAGAUGGAUUUGACGAAAUCACCUAAAAUGUAUAUGAUAAAUGUUUAGCAUGCAUCAACUAUAAGCAUAUUGACCGCAUUUAAAGUUUAUCCAUUUCAUAACGAAGAGAACGGAUUUUAAAUGGCAAUGUUAAGGAAAUUGAAACCAACACAAGCACAUACACAUACAGAUGAUUUUCCCUCAAAUAAAGCUGCUGUUGAAUAAAUGUUAUAAAUUAAACGAUAAAUAUAUUUUAUGUAAAAAAAAGAAAAGAAUGAAAAUUAGUCCAAUCAGAAAUCUCUCUGAACACAAAUUCAAUCACAUUGAUGUUACUUAGCCAUAUUAUAUAAAUUUAAAUAAAUAAUUUCCGGUGAGAGAUUCGAAUCAAAUCGAUUGAUUUUAGGCGCUUGAAUGAAAUGUUUAAAAAUUCAUUUAAAAAAAGGCAAAUUAAUUUGAUAUGAGCAAAUGAUUUAUUUAUAUUAUGAUUAGCGUAAAAAAUGUACACUUAUUUUUACUACAAUUACAGGGUAUUUGCAUUCGCGUAAUUCACGAUAAAAGAAAAAAAAAACAAGAAAAACAAACAA